GCCUGGCGCACUGGCCCGGUUGGCUUUCUCAAUAGGCGGCAUGCUGCGGCUACUGGCAUCUAGCUGUGCCCGGGGCCCAGGGUCCGGGGUGGCCACGUGGCGUUCCUCUGUGGGGCUCUUCCGUCCUGAGUGCCUGGGGAUCCGCCAGGCUUCAGAUGCCCCAUGUCACCAGUCCCCCAGCUCUGAGUCAUUGGUACAGCCGGUGGGUGUCUGCUCCAUGAUGCAGCUGCCCUUGCAGUCCUCCCCCGAGGGACUGGACGCUGCCUUCAUCGGUGUGCCUCUGGACACGGGGACUUCAAACCGGCCCGGGGCAAGAUUUGGACCCCAUCGCAUCAGGGAGGAAUCGGUGAUGCUGGGAGCUGUCAAUCCCAGCACAGGCGCCCUCCCCUUCCAGUGCCUCAGGCUUGCGGACCUAGGCAACGUCAACGUCAAUCUUUACAACCUUCAGGACAGCUGCCGGCUAAUUCGAGAGGCCUUUCAGAACAUCGUGGCAGCUGGCUGCGUUCCUCUGACCCUGGGUGGAGACCACACAAUCACGUAUCCCAUACUGCAAGCGGUGGCAAAGGAGCAUGGCCCUGUGGGUCUAGUGCAUGUGGGUGCCCACACCAACACAACUGACAAAACUCUGGACGAGAAGGUCUACCAUCGGACAUCUUUCCGCCGAAGCGUGGAUGAGGGACUGCUGGACUGUAAGCGAGUAGUGCAGAUUGGCAUCCGCGGGUCUUCCAGGACCUUGGACCCCUACAGAUACAGCAGGAGCCAGGGCUUCCGUGUAGUCCUGGCUGAAGACUGUUGGAUGAAGUCAUUGGUCCCCCUGAUGGCAGAGAUCAGGCAGCAGAUGGGGGGCAAGCCUCUUUAUAUCAGCUUUGGCAUAGAUGCCUUGGAUCCUGCCUAUGCCCCUGGAACAGGGACACCGGAAAUUGCUGGACUCACCCCUAAUCAGGCUCUGGAGAUCAUCCGGGGCUGUCAAGGCCUGAAUGUGGUGGGCUGCGAUCUUGUGGAAGUUUCCCCACCGUAUGAUCUCUCUGGCAACACGGCUCUCCUAGCAGCCAACCUGCUGUUUGAGAUGCUGUGUGCUCUCCCCAAAGUGACAGCUGUCUGAACCUGUGUUCCUGCAGACAGACCAGACUGUGUCAUGGACAAAGCCUCAAGGACUUGUGAACAAGCAAUGCAAGGACCAAAGAAAGCUCUCUGAGAAGUGUCACUGCUGGCUGCAAGGAAGGACAAUCCAGACUGUUAACAGUGUGUGUCUUUUCCUAAUAUUAAAACAUUUAUUAUAUUU